GCGCCCAAGGAAGCCGGAAGCGGCUGCUGUUCACAGGACCGACUCCCGGCAGAGAGGCGGCGGUCUGCGCCCUGGGGUUUGUGAACCCCGCGAUGGACCCGGACGGGACAGUCGCGCGGCAGAGGUCAUCGCUGCUGCUGCCGCGGCUGCUACUGGUGGCGUUGCUGUGGUCGGGGCUGGCUCUAGGCACCUUCUCCUUGGGCAGCAGUCCGCACCAGGUUCUCCACGACCUCUUGUCGGAGCGGCAGUUGCUGGAGGUGGAGGACUUGUCCCUUGCUCUGUUGCAGGGCGGAAGGUUGGGACCACUGUCACUACCCCCAGACUUGCCGGAUCUGGAUCCCGAGUGCCGAGAGCUGCUGCUGGACUUCGCACACAGCAGCUCAGAGCUGACUGGGUGCCUAGUGCGCAGCGCCCGGCCGGUGCGCCUCUGUCAGACCUGCUACCUCCUCUUCCAACAGGUCGCCAACAAGAUGGACAACAUAACCCGAGCCGUGGGGAAUUCUUCAGAGAGUCAUGGUUGUGCCAGAAGCCUCUUAAUGGCAGAUAGAAUGCAAAUAGUUGUGAUUCUCUCUGAGUUUUUCAAUUCCACUUGGCAGAAGGCAAAUUGUGCAAAUUGUUUAACGAACAAAAGUGAAGAAUUAUCAAAUAGCACGGUGUACUUCCUCAAUCUAUUUAAUGACACCUUGACCUGCUUUGAGAAUAACCUUCAGGGGAGCACACACAGUGUUCUACAGUUAAGAAAUUAUUCAGAAGUGUGUGAAAAAUGUCGUGAAAAGUACAAAACUCUGAGUAGUCUGUACAGUGAAAUGCAGAAAAUGAAUGAACUUGAAAAUAAGGCCGAAUCUGGAACACAUUUAUGUAUUGACGUGGAAGAUGCAAUGAAUAUUACCCGAAAACUUUGGAGUCGAACUUUCAACUGUUCAGUCCCUUGUAGUGACACAGUGCCUGUAAUUGCUGUUUCGGUGUUCAUUCUCUUUCUACCUGUUGUCUUCUACCUUAGUAGCUUUCUUCACUCAGAGCAAAAGAAACGCAAACUCAUUCUACCCAAACGUCUCAAGUCCAGUACCAGCUUUGCAAACAUUCAAGAAAAUUCAAACUGACAUCUGCAGAAUGGAGACUUAACAUUGUAUUCCAUGGAUGAAUGGUGGAAGACACAGCUUGGUCCAAAAGAAGAUAAAUCAUGAUUUGACAAGUCAACUUCUUAAGAACAGCAAGGACUUCAGAUUUAUUUUUAAAUAAGAAUUCUCAAUUUUUCUUUCCUUUUCCAGCCCCUUUUAAAGGGUUUAGGUAUUUUUAAUUUCCAGGCAUAGCAAUGUGUAUUUUAAAGUGUAUUUGUUGUAAUAACAAAAGAUGCAAGAACAAUCUUUGUUUUAUUUUGUAGUGACAUUGUUACUCUUUGAGACUCGUGAUAUCUCUUUAGUGAUACAGAAACAAGCAGCAAAGUUUUUGAAAACUGACAUUUAAAAAUUAAUCAGUUAUAGCAGAAUUUGAAAAAAAAUUUACUUGCCAAAAAGUAACAGGUCCAAAGAGUAAUUUAAGUUUCUCACCACUGCAGUAUUAUUGUCACAUAGGUUUUAAUAUGUCAUAUGUUACAAAUAAUAUGUAAUUCAGUCUCUAGCUUCCUCAAAGUCAUUUUUUGAAACCACUAAUUAUAAACCUCCCAAAUGAUUUUUAGAAGUGGGAAGGCACAUUACAUUUAUCCUUGUAAAAAGAUUUAUGGUACCUGGUUUCUUACUUGACUUUUAUAAAUAGUAUUUUACACCUUUUUUUGCCUUUAUUUCAUGAGUAAUUUGAAAUCACUGGACUGCUUUAUUAUAAUCAGGGCAAGAUGGAUUCUUUUUAUACUGGGGAUUUGCAUUGUGAAUUAAUUAAGUUAUUUGGCAAUUUAUAAUUUAUUACUACUUUAAAUCAAAUGUAGCAUUGUCACACUGUAUUUAAAUUGUGAUUUUUUUUUAAUAGAGAUUUUUCUCUUGGAAUACUUGGGGAGUUUAGGAGGGAAGAAAAAGGAGGAGUAAAAAAAGCUUAAGGUUCAGAAAAUAGACAGGGACCUGAGGGGAUGCUUACUCUAAGACUAUGGAGUGGUUUAUAUGGGGACAUGAAUCAGAUUGAGACUGAUACAGAAAGCAGUUCAGUUAAGAUGAUGCUUAUUUUUUUCUAAAUUCUUUAAAUCAGAUAAAAGUGAUAUAUGAUUGAAAUGAAGUCAGAUAUCUCACGCUCAGAAAACAAAUUCUAUUUUGGAAUAUUUGUAUCAACCCUUCAAAAAAAGUUUCUUUUCAGAAUUGUUCACAUUUUUCCCCCUCAGGUUUUUAGUGUUAGGUGUUUCAUUUGCUAAUUCCAUCUCUCUGUCUUGGUGGAAAUAGGCAUUGUUUUAAAUAUUGAAAAUAUAAAGCCUGUUCUAUAUAGAAACAAGAGUUCGGCUUAAUUGGUAUAAGAAUCUGAAUCCCGGAGUGUCUGUUGUGUCACAUCUGGAUUGGUGGCAUGUGUGCAGAGCCAGGACACAGGUUCAGUCCCUGGCCUGGCACAGUAGGUUUAAGGAUCUGGGAUUGCCACAGCUUCAGCAUGGAUCAAAGUUUUGUGGCUGGGAUCUGGCUCAGGAUCCCAGACUCAGGAACUCCAUAUGCCACAGAAUGGCCAAAAAAGAAAAAAAAAUCUAAAUCCAAAUCAUACACUGUAAAAUGCUAUCAAAGAGGGACAAGAAAGUGUUUUUUAUUGCUUUAAAAAAUGUUUACCAUAUAUGCAGUUUAAAAGAGAAGGCUCAUCCUUGGAUAUGUAACAUAUCCAAAAGCUGUUACAGUUUUCUAAUCUGCUGUGAUCCAUUUAAAAUGUGCUGGGGUUUGUUCUGCUGUUACUACUGUUCACGCUGCUGAUGCUAAUAGUUCUAUCUUGAUUUGAAGCAUAUUGUUGAGGGCCAUUGAAAACAGUCUUUCAUUAAUGCAGAUAAAAUCAGUUUACACAUGCAAAGUUAUAAAAUGGCAUAUGUGAUUCUGUAAGUAGUGACUCUUUGAUCACCUUUUUAAUAUUAUGUAUUUCUAAAAACCAUUGCUUUUGGAUAUGGUUGACAUUAAGCACUUUACAAAAGAAAGGUAGCCUUUACUAUUUUUCUGGUUGAGUCAUUGCUUUCUAGAAGUAGCAUCAGCAAUAGAUUUAAAAAAUAAGUAUUAAGCACUAAAGUGUGUAAAUGUUUCAUUUUUUAAAGUCAUAUUGAAAAAUUCUUUGCAUAGUUCCAGAUUCUUCAACUCAUAGCAUAUGUGUGUGCACAAGAACAUCUUUAGUUUUUUGACAUUUUGAAAUAAAGGAAGUAGCUUAAGGAAAA